UUCGGGUUCGCUCUGAACCAAGAAAGAAAGUGAGAGUGAAGAAACCCUUGUAUUCGGAGUCGCCGAUCUCUUCUUCAGAUCAACCUGAAUUCGAUUGCUUUUGCCUGAUAACUCGAGAGGUUCGUGCAAGAUGACUCAAGAUGUGGAGAUGAAAGAGCAAGCGGCUCCCUCUAAUUCUGUCACUUCAACUGCCCCUUCUACUCUGCAGCAUUUGAAGGACAUAGCGUCGUUGAUUGAGACGGGUGCUUAUACACGGGAGGUUCGCCGGAUUGUCCGUGCGGUUCGCCUAACAAUUGCUUUGAGGCGGAAGCUGACCACUUCUCUGCUGUCUCCAUUCUUGAAUUUUUCCCUUGUGCCGGGAUCUGAGGUGCACACACGGUUGUCCUCGUAUCUUCCUAAGGAGGAUGAGCAUGAUAUGGAAGUUGAUACUGCAACCUCUGCAACUCAAGUUCCUGUGAAGCACUUCUUGCCUGAGCUUGAGAUUUAUUGUUACUUGCUUGUGCUAAUAUUUCUGAUUGAUCAUAAGCGAUACGAUGAGGCUAAAGCAUGUUCAUCAGCAAGUAUUGCUCGGCUGAAGAACUUGAAUAGGCGAACCAUUGAUGUCCUGGCCGCCAGGCUCUACUUCUAUUACUCUCUCAGCUAUGAGCUCACUGGAGAUCUAGCUGAAAUUCGGGGGAGUCUCCUUGCUUUGCACCGGAUAGCUACAUUACGCCAUGAUGAGUUGGGUCAGGAAACACUUCUCAACUUGCUUCUUCGAAAUUACCUCCAUUAUAACUUGUAUGAUCAAGCAGAGAAGCUCAGGUCAAAGGCACCCCGCUUUGAAGCUCAUUCAAAUCAGCAGUUUUGUCGCUACCUCUUUUAUCUUGGAAAGAUUAGGACAAUACAGUUAGAGUACACAGAUGCAAAAGAAUCACUCCUGCAAGCUGCUCGCAAGGCUCCUGUUGCUGCUCUUGGUUUCCGGGUGCAAUGCAAUAAAUGGGCUAUCAUAGUCCGUCUUCUGCUUGGAGAAAUCCCUGAGAGGACUGUUUUUAUGCAGAAGGGCAUGGAGAAGGCUUUGAGGCCGUACUUUGAGUUAACAAAUGCUGUUCGUAUUGGAGAUCUAGAGCUAUUUAGAACUGUUGCUGAGAAGUUCUCAACUACUUUCAGCUCAGAUCGAACCCAUAAUUUAAUUGUUAGGCUCCGUCAUAAUGUCAUAAGGACUGGAUUGCGCAACAUCAGUAUGUCAUACUCCCGUAUUUCACUGGCUGAUGUAGCCAAAAAGUUGAGAUUGGACUCUCCAAAUCCUGUUGCCGAUGCUGAGAGUAUCGUGGCAAAGGCAAUUCGGGAUGGUGCAAUUGAUGCCACACUGGAUCAUGCAAAUGGGUGGAUGGUGUCGAAAGAGACUGGGGAUAUAUACUCUACAAAUGAACCACAGGUUGCUUUCAACUCAAGGAUUGCAUUCUGUCUCAACAUGCAUAAUGAGGCUGUGCGUGCUCUUCGAUUCCCACCCAACUCGCACAAGGAAAAGGAAAGUGCUGAGAAGAGAAGAGAGAGGCAACAGCAGGAGCAAGAGCUUGCAAAACACAUAGCUGAGGAAGAUGACGACGAGUUUUGAUGGAAAGCUGAUUGAUUUCCAAUGCCGUUUCUUUGAGCUUUCUUCUUGUGGCUGCUGCUGCUGCUAUGGCACAGUAGCUUCUGUUUGUUUUCCUAUUGAGUAGACCAUGAUUAUCAUGGACUGGACAACAACGAUCUAUUGCAGCUUCUGUCUUUUCAUUUGUAGGACGUACAAAGCGGCUCAUAUCGUAUGCUUUUGGCGUUGACAGAAAAUACUGUUUCAUUAGUCUGGAUCAUGUUCUUACUAAGUAGUUGUGUCUACCCCUUUUGAUUCUUUCUCUGCCAAAGAAGUUCUCCCUUUGGAUUGCUUUGUUCUGUUUUGUGUGGUGGUCAAAUAUUACUGGGGUUUCCCCUUCUCAGAUUUAUUGAACCCAAUUGUUUCUGAUGGCAACAAAGCUA